GCUGAGUUGCGAGUCAUCAGUGAGACGUUCUGGGUGCGACUGUGCACUAUGGGGGAUCUGGGCUUUAGCGAAGCAUAUAUGUAUGGUGAAGUGGAGUGUGACGAUUUGUUACCCGUCUUCCUUAUCUUCAUACACAAUCGGGAAAGUCUACAGAAUCUCGAUUCGAACUUUUCAUGGCUUUUUAGCCUACCACAGCGACUGACAUCGUAUCGUUUCCUCAAUACGCUGAGUAACUCGCGCUCGAAUAUCUCGGCCCACUAUGAUCUAUCUAAUGAUAUGUUCUCCGGUAUGCAUGCCCCUACAUCAGAAAUGUAUUUAUGCCCUUCGGCUUCUCCUCCCCCCUCGUCACCACCCGACUUCAACGAUGAGUUACACGCGGGGCAAAUCCUCAAAUUACAGCACAUUACGAGAAAAGCAUGUAUUUUACCGGGCCAUCGCAUCCUUGAGAUCGGAAGUGGUUGGGGUGCGCUUGCACUUCAUAUCGCUCAAGGCGUGCCUGAUACACAAAUUGACACUCUAACACUCUCCGCCCAUCAACAUUCCUACGUUACGCAGCUUAUCGAGAAGCAUGGCCUGGAAGAUCGAGUACGGGUGCACCUCAUGGACUAUCGUGAAAUCCCAACAGAGUGGACGGGUCGUUUUGAUAGGGUCGUGAGCGUCGAAAUGCUGGAAGCAGUUGGAAAAGAGAAUUAUGAGACAUACUGGAGUGUCAUCGAUCAUGUGCUGAAAGAGAAGGACGCCGUAGGUGUCGUACAAGUGAUCACUAUACCGGAAGGACGAUUCGAUAAAUAUGAGAAGGAAGUUGAUUUCAUUCGAAAAUGGGUCUUCCCGGGCGGCCUGCUACCGACUCUUUCUGUACUACAUGCAACCCUCACCAGUGCGACUUCGGGCCGACUCCUAGUGGAUUCCGUGUCAAAUAUAGGCCCGCACUACGCCCGUACACUACGCGAAUGGCGUCGCCGCUUCAUUGACAACUUCCAUACGAUUGAGGAGGCGCUACGUCGAGAGCAUCCGGGAGCGUUCGAUGGGCCCAACGGCCAAACGGAGUUGCAGGUAUUCUGGAGAAAGUGGAUAUGUUACUUCUGCUACUGCGAAGUGGGGUUUACGACACGUCUAUUGAACGAUCAUGUCAUCGCGUUCACGCGUGAAGCCAAUGGGGCCAUGGGGUGCAAUACGUUUGAAUAGAACAGAUGGCCACCCAGGGAAUUGUCUAUCUUGAAUGGGUUAUAAAAUCAUUCGAAUGACCACUUGUUGACUGCUGAGCUAUUCAGCCCAUG